GGUUGAGAAAGUGUUUGUGUUUUAUUACGAUAAAAAUGGCGGGAGUUUCAACAGUAGAAGUAGCAACUCAGGUUCCGUUUUAUGAUUUGUGUGCUUUGUUAGAAAAGAUUGCAAGAAAAACAGGAACUGAAAAGAAGAAAAAGAUCUUGGAAUCCUUUGUGAAUUCAUGGAGAGAAACGCACGCUAAGUUGCAUGGAACUUCGAAAACAACUGACUCAUUUCACUCUGGUAUGCGCCUGUUGCUGCCUCAUCUUGACAAAGAACGAGGUGCUUAUGGGAUGAAGGAGGUGGUUCUUGCAAAAUAUUACAUUGAAAUAUUAAGUAUAGGGAAAGACUCUACAGAUGGCCGUAAACUGCUGAAUUACAGAGCACCCAAAAAUGCCAAACAGGAUUCUGUGGCUGACUUUGCAAGUGUUGCUUACUUUGUUUUAAGAAACAGAUGUCCUGAGAAAGGAAGUUUAAAGAUUGACCAAGUAAACAAGUACCUUGACCAGCUGGCCUCAGCAAAUAUUGAUCAUAAACGUGAUGAAGCUAAGAAAGCUCUACAACUACUGCUACGUAACACAAGUGCUCUGGAACAGAAAUGGUUAAUCAGGAUAAUUUUCAAGGAAUUGAAGAUUGGCCUUAGUGAGAACUCUGUAUUUAAUGUUUAUCAUCCAGAUGCAAUGGAACUGUUUGGAGUCUGUAACAGUCUACCCAAGGUUUGCAUGGAUCUUCAUGAUCGCAGCAUUAGGAUGAAUGAAGCAGAGAUGUCUUUAUUCUCACCAUUUCGACCAAUGUUGGCUGAAAGAAAACACAUCAACGAGGUGGAGAAGGUAAUGAACAAUCAGUCAUUUUACAUAGAAACCAAAAUAGAUGGAGAGAGAAUGCAGCUUCAUAAAGACAAAGACAGUUUUAUGUACUUCUCAAGAAGUGCAAAUGAAUACACUCAUGUAUUUGGUGGGGACCCAUCCUCUGGAGUUCUCACACCUCACAUUGCUGGUUGCUUCUCAAGCUCUGUACAUUCAUGCAUCCUGGAUGGAGAAAUGGUUGUUGUUGAUCCAAAGACAGACAUAUGGCUAUCAAAGGGAAUGAAUGUUGAUGUGAAAUCCUUAACCGCUUAUGAAAACGAUCAAGGUCAUCACCCUUGCUUCAUUGUGUUCGAUAUUCUUAUCAUUAAUGAGAAAAAACUGGCAAAUGUUCCUUUGCGAGAAAGAAUUAAAUUCAUGGAAGACAUGCUGAAGCCAAAGCCUGGAUAUCUUCAGUUUGUUGAGAGACAAGAAGUCGUUUCUAAGGAAGACGUCGUGAAAGCUCUUAACACUGCGAUUGACAAGAGGGAGGAAGGCUUGGUUGUAAAGUCACCGUCCUCUGUUUAUAAACCAAAUUCAAGAAGUGGCAGUGGCUGGGUGAAGAUUAAACCAGAAUAUGUAGACAGCCUAAGUGAUGAGCUGGAUCUCGUCAUUGUUGGUGGCUAUUUUGGAGUUGGGCGCCGAAGUGGAAUGACAUCUCACUUUAUGUGUGCAGUGGCGGUUCCUUCGAACGUUCCAGGUGAACAUCCCAAAGUGUUCCAUUCUUUCUGCAAGGUGGGGUCUGGUUACACUAUUAAUGAGUUGCGCGAACUGGAUCAGCAGUUGCGUCCACACUGGAAUGCAUUUGAUACUAAAAAGCCUCCGGAAUCAAUCAUUCUGGCCCCUGGAUUCAAGGAAAAACCUGAUGUGUGGAUUGAACCGUCCAAAUCAAAGAUAGUUCAGAUUAAAGCUGCAGAAAUAAUUACAUCAGACAAGUUUAAAACUGGUGUGACUCUUCGCUUUCCACGGCUGGAAGCUGUUCGCAGUGACAAGAUGUGGUACGAGUGUUUGAACCUAAACGAACUGACCAGGCUGAAAUCGGUGGCAGAGGGAAAGCUCACAUACCAACAUGUAAAUGCAGAGGAGAAAUCUGAACCAGCCAAGAAAAGAAGGCGAGAGGCUGUACGAGUUGAACAGUCACGGACUGUGGCCAAGCAUUUUAAACCGGCGGAUGUGUCUUCAGUUGAGGAGGUUUCGCAAAUGUUCCAGGAAAAGGAAUUUUAUAUUGUUAACGGUCCUUCCUCGCAUCCCAAGGCUGUUUUAGAAAAAAAAGUUGCCGAGAAUGGAGGCACGUUGACUCAGAACCCUUGUUCUGACACUUUCUGUGUUGUGGCUGAGAGAAUCAACGUUAGAGUUAAGAAUAUUAUCAGUCAGGACAAAUACGAUGUGGUGAAGGCAUCUUGGCUUAUUAACUGCUUGGAUAGUGGCGAGCUGAAGCCGUGGAUUCCAAGUGAUAUGUUUCAUUCCUCGUCCCGAACUGCUGAUAAAUUUGCCGAGGAGUUUGAUCGACAUGGAGACAGUUACACAGAAUUUGCUACAGCCGAGUCACUCAGGAAAGCGUUUGAUAAUGUCCAAAGCAAGAACUCAGCAGUUCCACUUUCAACUGAUGAAAUACUUGAAAUAUCUCAACGUUAUUUUCCCGAUAACUCGCCUUUUGGAUUGUUCAAACAUUGCAGAGUGUACCUUGAUCAGUUCAUUAUUAUUGGGAAUAAAUCAACGGGAAUUCCUAAUAGCAGUUUGGAGCUUAUUGGUUUGAAACUACGCAUGUUCGGGGCACGGAUCACCGACAGUUUUGAUAGCAAAGUGACUCAUGUCGUCUUCGAUGAAAGGGAUCUUUGUCGCCUCAAAGAGCUACAAAGAGUAACGCAAGAUAGAGAAGUAAAACAACAUCUUGUUACGCUAGACUGGGUUACGCAAUCAAUUCAAGCUGAAAAGCUUCUACCGGAAAGACACUUCAGACCAGUUACGUAACGUGACUGUAACACUGAAUCCAAGUUUCCAGCGUUUAGUUGUCUGGGGCAGUUUGAGUUUCCUUUGCAGCCGUUUCUAGAGGUCUCGAAGCUUGCACAACGUGACUGAAAAGGAUACCAAGAUAGUUCAAUAAUGAAUGCAAGUCUGCCCAGAGGGAAAUUUCCCGUUUUCAACCUGUUGUUAAAAAAAUCUUGUCUUGAAAGAAUUUCUUCCUGAUUCUAUUACCAUUUCCAUGGUUAUAGCGCAAGACCUUUAUUUAAAAAAGUAGGAAAUGAGUUUUUUAUUGAAUGUUACUUAUGCCUAUCCUAUUACAAACAAUGUAUGCGAAGUUACAAGAAUUAACUCACCAGAUAUUACAAAAACUUUUAAGGUCCUUGAAUGAUUCUUUCUUUCCAAAAGGACGAAAAUAAAUAGAAAAAUAAAGUUUCACGGUGUAUAUUA